CGUAGCCGUUCCUCACGGAUGUAGCAUUUUGAUGAGGAUGAAACCCCAAGGAGAGUGGUCAAGGAUGGCUUCGUCCCCAGAGCAUGGCAAGGAUGGCUCUUGCUGCUCCCAUCAGAUGGCAGUGCCAAGCGUCCACCAGACUCUGGAUGAGAUGGAUUUCGAGAGAGGGAUUUGGUGUGCUGCUUUGAACGGAGACCUUGAGAAGGUCAAAAGGCACAUCCUGAAUCAUGGUAACCCCAGUGAGCCGGAUGCCUUUGGAUACACUGCUUUGCACUAUGCCAGCCGCCAUGGGCAUUACGACGUCUGCCAUUUCCUCCUGGAGAGAGGAGCCCUCUGCAAUGCCCAGACCCAUGGCGGAGCCACCCCACUCCACCGAGCCGCUUACUGUGGCCACACAGACAUAGC